CUCUCAAAAUUAUAAGAAAGAAAUAUUUUCACAAAAUAUCGAAACUACGCCAGAAAAUUUUAUAUUUUUACAUUGCGAACAUAGGUAUAUUUAGUAUUUCAGAAGUGACCAAAGUGCUCGUCGGCAUCAUCGUCCGCUUCGAUCCCCACAUAGGAGUAGGUUUAGAGAUUGAAACGAACAAGAAUGCACAAAUUAAUUUUUCAAUUGUACAGCUUUCUUGAAUUUUUUAUUUGGAACAGCAGCGAAUCAAAGUGUGUGUUGCCAACGUUAGUGUCUUCAAUGCGGCGUGCGCCUCGGCCACUGGACUUUCCAGCCCUAGAUUUACGCGCAUGUAAUUUUGAAGUGGAGAAGCAGACUCAACAUGAGCAGUAUUCAGAUACCGAUGCGCGGAUGCCAGUUAGCUCAUGUUAUGGUGGCUUUAAACGCAUACAAUCACCGAGGUCACCGGCAAUGGCAUGUGGAAAAAAAAUUUCGAGUUCCGAUCAAAGCGUAAAUCAUGGGCUUCAUCGCAGUUGGAGCAUGAUCGAUAUACCAACAGCGCGUCCAAACCCAUUGAGGCUAAGUGCUGGUUGCGAUCACUUCAGCUGUGAAGAUGAGGAAGAGAAAAAAUUCUAUCAAUCCCUUGAUCCGAGCGUAGAUUAUGAUGAAUUUGAUCCAGAACCACCACAACCGACUAGACAACAGACAGCUCGAUUGCGCGCUGGUUCCCCAAACAAUUACAACAGGUCGUUCGAUCAAAACACGCAAAAUUUCUCAUCAUUCUGUCCAACCGGUGGGGCUGGCCCUGCUGCUGCAAGUAGUCCGUAUCCAUCAUCGCCGACACGUCGUUCGUCUUACGAUCAGUACUCAAGCAUACAGCCAAGGCACCCGUCCACUAUGGAUCCAGAGUUAUCGUCUUUUUUUACACCAAUGGCGCAAUCAUCACCCAUGAGGCAACCCUCACGAGCACCGACAUCCACACGGUAUUCUCUAGAUGCCUCCAAUAUUUCAUAUGAGCAACCUAGACGCGGUCACCGCCCACCAGCAUCAAUGAGCAGCACACGCUACAAGGGUCUGCCGGGACAGCCUUUCAGGAUGCCGGGACUAACACCGCAAGUAAUGCCCACGCAAUGGAUGCCACUACCCGGCAACAUGCAAUCCUCAUUUUUAGAACAGCCCUCCAUUGGGCAGCCCAGGGGACUAACACCGCAAGUAAUGCCCACGCAAUGGAUGCCACUACCCGGCAACAUGCAAUCCUCAUUUUUAGAACAGCCCUCCAUUGGGCAGCCCAGGAAUAUGGAGCGGUCUCUAGCAUGCCCCAGGAAGGACGAGGAUACUUGCAUCAAAGACAUUGCGAGUUUUCCUUGUGAAGAUGACGAAAGUAAUGAGGAAAAAUUUCCGGCGCCACGUUGUAAGCCACUUGACCCGGAAAUUGCAAAGAAACUAUGCUGCAAUUUACCACCAUUCAAAAUACCACGCGGCACGGCGGAUGAUUUCAUUUGUAUUAAACAGCGCGAACAAUGGGAGGCACUGGUCAAGGAUCAAGAUUGCCCGGGCGCCAUACAGUCCACAAUAGAUGGCAUCGUCAAUUUCAAUGUUCUUGCAUUGGAUAUUGUUUUUGGCGAGACACGCCUACCCGAUUGCUUGCCGAUAGUGGAGCCGAUCACCCUGCUCGAAGCGUUCUGUAAGCGCAUCAAUUACGAUCGCUGCCAAUUGAAAAAUUUGGAGAAAUCGGUUUAUAAUAAAAACAAUCAAGAUGAUGAGCCACUUAAAACUCCGCCACCGAGUGAUGACUAUUCAAUAAUUGAAAAAUGCUUUAAACACAAAUAUACGACCGAACUCAAUGUGGCGAUAGAGAAUCUUUUGAAGGCGGAAAAAGGUUUCAAUUUCGAUAAUCCAAAUCCGGAAGUACCAUCUAUGACUUUGGCAUUGGAUAAAACCAGCACUGAUUUGCCGGGUAUACCCAUAUCCAUACAAGCCUUUACGGGAACCACAAGGCCGCGUGAUUGAGUUUGGAAGA